CACUUUUCCCAGAAAAUUAUGUUAAUUAAAAUUACAGUAAAACCCUCCCCUCUCCGCGUUGAAAGAAAGACUGGAAACAGCGCAAAAACGCUGUAUUGGAUUCGUAAUUCCAAGCAAACGGACUCAUGAUUUCAGGGUUGUAGCUUGGGGUGCAAGCUACAGCGGGUCCACUGUCAUUUACUAGGCUCAGUUUUCCAGGCUCUGAACCUCCGCGAGUAAUAGAACAAGAGAUGUUUAUAGAUUGAAUUUAGGAGUAAAAAUGUUUUGAAUUCCAAAAUAAGAGUAUUGAUGUUUUUUAUUCCCUAAAUUUCUGCCAAGUUUGCAUUAUAAAGCUUCAAACAUGACAAUUUUUUUCCUAAAUUACUGAUGUUCCAGACCCCGGUUUUCCCCCUAUAAACACAUGGCCUCUCUCAGUCUCACUCGAUUUCUUAGCUAAGUGGAGAACCGAAACUUAUCUGCAGAGAGGGUGAAAGACCUUCUCUUUGAGUAUAAAUGGCUUUGACUCCAACUACUAAUUAAUGAAGACGGAGACUCUUGGGUGUUUUUUAGGAACUCAGAUUGAAUAAAAAAGAAAUCUUUAUUCUUCUUGAAUGCUUUAUGUAUGGGAAGGUAGAUUCAAGAUUUCAACCUGAUGAAUUACAGAUGAAUGCCAUUUUAUCAGUGUUUUGAUUUGGGGGGUUUUGUGGAAUAGGAAUAAGCAAAUGCCGGAGAUUGAGCUAUUCUGGGAUUCUUUUAUUUUUGUGAUUUAUGAAGAUUUUCCCUGUUAAUUGAAUUUGCUUUUUGAAGACCCCUUUAUUUUUUAAUGCCAAAAGUUAAAUUUUUAGCCAUGAAUUAACAAGUUUAUCUUUUUAAAUUCUUACGCCACCAUAGGUGGGAACCUUUUCGACACCGGGUAAUGAUGAUGGAUGAUGAUGAUCUUAUUAAAGAAUCUUUCUUGAGUUUCAGUGUUCUUUGUUAUUGCUAAUUCUUAACCAGUUGAGAAACUACAUUGCAUUGCCAUUUUCUUUUCAAAUACAUUUGAUAAACUAGAAAAGUACUUAAGUACUAGUUUAUGUAUCUCAUCGAUUGACCUUGAAUGGGAAUGGGAACUUGACUUCUUACAUGUUAAGGCUCUUAGCGGUUGUGAUUUAUGGGGAUGAUAUUCAUCAAGUAAUGGGAUUGAUUGAGAGACUAGGCACAUUCUAAAACAGUAUUUUGUUCAAACAUUCUAAAAAUUGAUCAUAAAUGUGGUUUAUCAAGAACCCAGUUUACUUUGUUUGUCCAAAAGAGGAAAUAUUUCAAAUCAUAAAUUUGCAUCAUAAAUUCCUGACCAGUGAUGAUUCUUGAACUGUAACAGGCCUUGGCUGAUUAAUAGCAGAGGGCUUGCACAGAAAGUGAGAAAUGCAUCUGUACCUGAUGAACAUGGAAUUAAAGAUUGCUGCGCAGUUACCCGUGAAUGUCCAAAUUGUCAUCACCUCAUUGAUAACAGAGAUAUUUACCCAGAGUGGCCUGGUUUUCCUGUUGGUGUAAAAUUUGAGCCAUCUGAUGUUGAGAUCUUAGAACAUUUGGCAGCGAAAUGCGGGGAAGGAAGUUCUGAACCACACAUAUUUCUGGAUGAGUUCAUCCCGACACUCGAGUACGAGGAAGGAAUUUGCUAUACUCAUCCAGAAAACCUUCCAGGGGCCAAAAAAGAUGGAAGCAGCAUCCACUUCUUUUACCGGACUAAGAAGGCAUAUGCUAUUGGGAAACGAAAGUGUAGAAAGAUUACCGACAAGAAGAGUCUGAUGAUAGAGCAUGUUCGUUGGCACAAGACAGGUAAGACCAAAGCUGUGAUGGAAAAUGGAGUUCAAAAGGGGUGCAAGAAGGUAAUGGUACUAUAUAGGAGUGCCAAGAACAGAGAAAGACCUUAUAAGACUAAUUGGGUGAUGCACCAAUACCAUCUAGGAACUGACUUGGACGAAAAAGAAGGUGGAUAUGUGGUCUGUAAGAUAUUUUAUCAACAGAAGCAGAACGAUAAGAAUGUGGACGACACUCUUCUUCUACCUAAUGCUGAAUCUGAUAUGUGGACUGCCCAGGAUAUUCCAAGGACUCCCAUGACUGCAAUCCCUAAUCCGCCUCAUGCUGGACAAACCCCUUCUUGCGAUCAGUCCGUAGCUUUGUCGCCUAUUGAGGGAGUGGAGGUGGCCAAGGAGAGACAAUAUACAUAUCCCCAAGAUUUUCAAGUCCAGUGUGAAGAGUUAGCAGCAUGUUUGGCUGCUGAUGACAAUGCCAUAGAUGGUUUCUUGACUUCUGAUGAAAUUGCCUGUUCUUAUAAUUUUAACAAUCGCCCGUCUAAUCAUGGCCAUUCUGCUAACCUCAAUAAUCAAAUUCCAGAGGGAGAUGGCAAAAACUCAACUAGUAUUUCUGAUCUUUUGAACUUGGAACUGGACAGUCCACCAGAGUUUUCUUUGCAGGAUUUGCAAUUUGGAUCUCAAGACAGUCUCUCUAGCUGGUUAAACCAGAUAUUCCAUUGAGUCGUGUACUUGGAGCAAUUAAUUUAGAUUGUAACAUUGAUCAUUUGGGUGUUGUAUGGUCCCAUUUGAUAAAAUAUGCAAUUAGGAGUGCAUGUGUACAAAAAUGUGUACAACUUAUGUGUACAAGUAGCACCACUCUUAAAUUGGAUAUCAGUUUUUUUUUAUCGUAAUUGGAUAUCAGUUUUGUUUUUUGUUUUUUUUUCUGCGUAUUUGAUACGAGUUUUAAAUGAAAUUCCC